AGAAAGCUGAAAAUUAGAUAAAUGCUUCUUUCCAAAGUGUAAUUUUCCUAUGGCCAAGGUUAGGGUCUCCAGAAAUAAAUGUUACAUCCUCCAGAGUUUGGAGUCAGUGCCAAGUUUUCUCCGUCCGUUGUCUCGGCAGUCCAACGUAAAAAAGCGAGCUCGAUGGUCAACAGUGCUACCUGCCAGUGUGAAAAGUGCCAGUUGAAAUCCAAAAUGGGUGACGAAGAAUAUCAAGUUUUUACGAGAAUGGAAGAUAUCACGGAGCAAGACGACAAGCAACUAGCAGGAGCUAGAAAGGAAAUAAGGAACGAGUUGACUGUUAUAAUCCCUGAAAAUCCGUUCCCAGAAAUAGAAGUCGACGCUUAUCCACCUCUAAAAUUCUCCUGGGUUAUACCGAAAAAACUGGCCGCCAUGGCCUUCCCGAGAAACACAGAAAACAUAAAGUAUUUGACCAAUCAAGGUAUAACGCACCUGGUAACACUGACGGCGGGGAAGAAACCCCCGGUGGAAGGGGUUUCGCGCAUACGAUGGACGGAAAUACCGGUCGAGGAGUUUGAGGUGCCCUCACUGGACCAGAUUAAGAAGUUCAUCGACGUUUGCAAAAGGGCUGAUAAAAAUGACGAGGUGAUGGGCGUGCACUGCCGGCAAGGCCGCAGCCGCUCGGGCAUCAUGCUGGCCGCCUACCUGGUGCACUUCCACCGGUACCUGCCCGACCAGGCGCUAAACACCAUCCGAAUGAUUCGCUCAGGCUCGUGCGACUCCGCGGAGCACGAGGAGGCGGUGGGUCAGUACUUCAUGUACCUGACAGAGGACAACCCGCUCAAGUUCGGCGUGUCGGGCGACGUCAUGGAGGACUUCAUACAAGCCGCUAAAGAAUGCAACAAGAAUAACAUCCAAUAAAUAGUUUUGUUGCAAAAGAAAUGAACUCAAUUGUGGUUGCAAAGCCGUCAAAAUUCGAGGCCUACAUCUAAACAACCAAGUUUCUUUACUCUUUGGGUUGGCUGAAAUCGCCAGAAAAUGAGUACCAUUCAAUAACAAGUAUAGGAAGGCACAUAGGAGCUAAUGUUUUUGGCGUUGUAUUUUAAGAGAAAUGUGAAAUUAUACACCUAUAAAGCUUACACACCACGCUUGAUUCGGAACCAUUGGACGUAUGAAUUUCUUAUUGAGCGUGGUGUAUAAGUACCUAUUACGUGCUUUGCUCUGAUUAAUUAAAUGUAAGUGUAAGCCAGUGAUCUAAGAUAUUGACU